UCAAUUUUUCAUCAGGAAUCAAACCUGAUAAAACCCAGCCGUGCCGCCGGGCCGGGCUGCCGACCCCAGACCUCGAGGUGCGCGCAGGGACCCGCGGGGUUGGUUGCGGGGAUGGCGGGCGGGCGCGGCGCGGCGCCGUGCGGGGCUCCGUGCGGGACCGCCGGGGGUUGUGCGGGGCCGGGAUGCGGCGGGGCGGGGGCGGGGGCCGGGCCGGGGGCGGCGGGGCGCGCCUGGCUGCCGCGGGCGCGGUGGUUGGCACGGAGGCUGGCGGCUCUGCUCGUGCUGCUGGCCCUGCUGGCCGCCGGCUGCCUGCUCCACCGCAGGGCUUGCCCCGCGCCCCGGCCCCGCCGGAACGGCCCUCCCCGGCCCCGGCAACACGGCCCCGCCGCCCCGCAGGGUGAGCUGCGGGAAGAGAGGGUCGUGGAGAUGGGGCUGCCGCCGCUACCCAGCUAUGAGAAGGUGAAGCAUCUGCCCAGCUACGAGGAGGCGCAGCGCUGCCCCAGCCGCCCUGCUCGGGAUGGGGAUGGGGAAGGCUGGGUGUGCGGCUGAGCAGCCACGUACGGGAGGGAUGCAGCGAUCCCUGCAGUGCUGGCAUCCCCGGGAGAGGUGCUGGACGCGAUGCGGGACAAAAUGGGCUACUGGACGUGAUGAGACACUGGCCACAAUGGGAUGCCGGAUGCGAUGGGAUGCUGCGUGUUGGUGGUUCCCAGGAGGGAUGCGAUGCUGGACACUGAGGGCCCCAGGAGGUCCAGGACUCAAGAAAAGUCUCCUCUGCAGGGGACACGCCAUUCGCCAUUCGCUGGGUACAACAACUGGAGGAUACCAGGCUCACAUCACACCCUCACCGAGACCAGCAGCCCCGGAGCUGCUGCUCACCUCCCUGCUGUGGGCUGGACAAGAAAAGGGCUGAGUUGCCCAGGGCUCUUUUGCAGUGGCUGCCCCAUGCAGGCAGCGAGUCCUGAGUGAGCAGGAUGAGCAGAGAGCCAGCACAGACGAAGGUGGCAGCCAGGGACAACGUGUGCAUUGGAGGAAGCUGACUUUGGGACAUCACCUCUUGCAUGAUGACAUCAUUAAGGUACAAUGAUGUGAAGGGCUGUCUGCACCUCAGUCUGCACCCAGAUCACAAUGUCAUCAGCACAACACCACGAGCUCAGCCUGCCAGAGCCAUCAUUCCACAAGGGUGGGAGCAGGAGGCAGGGGCAGCAGGAGCCUACUCCUCCCACAACCCUCAGCAUUUGUACAGAGCCUUUCAUUUCUCAUCAAGGCAAACGAAGGAGAGCAACCUCCACUGCUUGCUAAUAAAACGCUGGCACCCUCUGGCACCGUGCUCUUUAUUUUCCUGAGGCAGCUGGGAUUGAGGUGAGGCCUUUUUUGUAUUUUUCAGGGGACAGGCAGCACAAAAAAGUGUGCAAAGCCCCAAGGAACGUGAGGCAGUGAAGAAAAACCUGUUCACACAAAUCAGCACAGGUCCCAUGUGGGCACUGUAAGGCUUCAGGGUCAGGAAUUUGGUAGGAGCCUCACAAGAGAACAGGAUGGCUACAGGCAGUCUUCCUAAAUGAACGAGCCAUUAAGCUUCCCAUGAAGUUUUUCAAAAAGCUACAAGAC